AACACCUCUAUCUGCACAUGAUGUUGACCACUACACUUGUCUCUCCAUUUUCUUCCAUUUUCUUUUCCUCUCUAGAAAAACUAGUCGUUUUGUUCCCUACAAAUUCAAAGAAAAUUAACACACAAAAAAAAAAAAUAGUGAGAUUCCAUGAAAUUAAUGGGAGAUAAAAAUUUUAAAAUGAAUGAUAUGAAUUCAUCAAUGGCAACCAUCGGAAACUAUGCCCACCACAUCGACGAAGAUGUUGGCAUUUAAAAAAAGAUCAUUCGUAAAAAUUUCAAAUGGUUUUCCAACAUCAAGGUAGCCAAUCAAUGAAGUUCUUUCCUUCUUCGACGCUGUCUCAUCUUAGAUCUGGGUUUCUAUCAGCUCUCUAAUGCCAAACACAAAAUCCAAUUGGAGUUCAACUAUCUUUUGGCACUCGUUUUUCAAUUCCUAACAAUGAUUUCAUCUUUAGCAAGGGAUUUGAGAAGGUCGACGUCUUGCGUCGAUGGACUUCCUAACCGGAAUCAAAAGAGGAGAGAAAAUUAGAGGGAGAGAAUGAAUUUUGGGAGAAGACAAUGAGAGGACAAAAAGUAAAAGACAAUCUUAUCCUACUUAAUCCCAUGGGGAUUCAUAGAAGAGGGCAUAAUCUACCAUGGAAAUUGAGGCAAAGAACAAGCAAAGAGGUUAGGAAGAAGGUGUAUGUGUGUCCGGAACCUACAUUUGUGCACCAUGACCCAUUAAGGGCUUUGGGAGACCUCACUGGGAUAAAGAAGCACUUCUUAAGAAAGCACAGUGAGAAGAAGUGGAAGUGUGAGAAAUGCCCAAAACGGUAUGCCGUUCAAUCAGAUUGGAAAGCUCAUUCCAAGACUUGUGGCACCGUGGAGUACAGAUGUGACUGUGGAACCCUUUUCGCCAGGAAGGACAGUUUCAUCACCCACAGAGCCUUCUGCAAAGCUUUGGCAGACGAAAGUGCCAGCACAAUCACGGCAACCAACUCACUUUACGCCCCCACAGAACCACCGGACUUGUCUUCCUCAUUGUCCCACUUGGAGCGAAUAUUUCCUGUGGAAAGAGAAUUGGCAUCUCUUUUCGUUGAGAAAGACUCGGCAUCUUUUAGGAGCGAAGCUUCCGGAACCUCUACUUGUACGGAACAGGUUCCUUUAUGGAAGUGGAUUUUAGUGGUCUUCAACUUGACCUUGGAGCUUCCCUCAGCUGCUUUUGACCAGCUUUCGCUGUCACAAAAGCCUCUUUAUGCGCUAGUGGCGAUGACGUUGUUCCUCCUAGCCUUCGCUCUUUGUGUCAUUGAGCUGCUCUACAAUGGACUUAAAAAAGGAAUCACCUUCAAGCGUCCAGAGGACAAGAUACCGUGGUUUUAUUAUCCACCUCGCUCUCGGAAUCCCAAGCGUUUUGGUACCUUUGCAGAUCUCAUUGGCUUAGUUAGUGCCAUAUCCUAAUGCAUUGUUACAGCAAUCAAUUAUGAUUUUGUGCGCAGGGCUGCUAAUAGUCCUAUCAAAUUCUCAUUGUUGCCUAUCAUCUUUGCUUUUGGCCUUUUAUGUUCAAAAAUUGUAGAGACCGUAGAGAAAAGGGCUUCAGACGGAGAAGAUCGUUGAGGACCGUUUCUGAUCAGAUUACGGUGUUGCAUUGUUACUGCAAAUGGAUAUGAUUCUUCGGUUCUUCCUGCUGUGUUGUGUUUUAGGAAUGCUGUUAUACAAAAUCUAUAAUAUUUUGUUAUUGUUCAUUUCAUUUUUUUUCUUAUAAAUAAUAACUUUCCCA